UCGCUAAAUAGGCUUCGGUUAAAGGUAGAAACGAAGCAUAUAUACUACUACUUCGGUUAAAGGAAGGACCAAAGCCUAAUACAUACUACUACCUCGCUUAAAGAAAGGACCGAAGCCUAAUAGUCUGUCCAAAACUCACUUUUUCCCUGUCACCUGCUCUGCCACCUGACAUGCUCUGCACUACCGCAUCGGUUGUUGCAGAACUGGUGUACAAAGUUGUUCAUGCCUCGGUUGUUGCAGAACUGAGGCGUAUAAGGUGAAGAAAAUUCAAAAAAUGUCAUUUCUGAAUUUUUUUUUAACUAUUUUAGAGGAGCAUAGACAUCGCAUUGUUAGUUAACCGAGCCAUAAUAGGUGUAUUGCUUCGGUUAGUGGUAGAACGGAGGUAAUAACUCUCGCAUCUUUACCCUAGUUUUCAUUUCUCCUCUUCAUCGUUCACGCUAUCUUCUUCUCUCUCCCUCAUCCUUAACGCCAAACCCAUCUCCAUUUCUACCGUUUUCCUCAAACCCAUUAUCUCCCUCUCCUCCCGCUUCCUUCCCUGCGUCAUCCUCUCCUCCGACUACAACCAGCAAGAGGACACCUUUGUCGCCACCCAGGGUUUCUCCCCCAACCUUAAGCUCUUUGUUGGCAACCUUCCGUUCAGUGUCGACAGUGCGUAGCUCGCAGAGCUCUUCGAAAGCAUUGGGAUUGUGGAGGUGGUCGAUGUGAUUUAUGAUAAGAUGAUUCGGAGAAGCAAGGGGUUUGGGUUUGGGAGAAUGUCUUCGGUUGAGGAGGUUGAAGCGGUUGUUCAGCAGUUCAACGGAUAUGAUAUUGAAGCAACAAUUCAGUGUGCAGAAUGGCUUUCAGUUAUUGGUGGACUUUGCUUCUAGUGAGUUGCAGAUCCAGACUCAAAUUAUUGUUAUGGUUGUUACUGGUGUUGCUUCCAAGGGCUUGUCUCCAAAUGCUGCCAAGGCAGAGGCUGAGAACGCUACUCACCUGUCUGUGGCUUUAGUAGAGAAUGUCAUUGUGAUACUAAUGCUUGUUGAGGAUCAUAUAUGGUCACAAUGCAAGCAGUCAUUUUCUUCACGUGCUACAGAUGGCUCUCCAUCUCCCCUAUCUCUCUAUCCAGUGCAUUAUAACUUAACAUCAUCAUUCACAAGCUCGGAAUCAAUAGAUGUUAGGAGCAACUAACCAAGAGGAGAAGGGUAAAUGUGAAGUACUAAAUAGAAGCACAAAUUCAAUUCCUAAGGUUCAAGAUGAAGGAGACAUACAUGUGAAAGUGGUAUCUGCAACUUCAGAAUGCAAUAAUGGUCAUCAAUCAAUGAAAAACUAGAGGUGCUUCCAAACGUCCACCCCUGCUGCCACAACCAAAACACUCUUUCCCAACCAUUUCUGGUGAGAAAAUCACUAUCAGUCCUGCUACAACUACCAAAGAAACUGAAAAAUAAGUCAUGACAAAUUCCAUCGAAGUUUAUACUAUUGCAUUGCUUCAACAAAUGGUUCUCCUAGUUUUAUAACAUGUCUAUUUUAGCGUUCUUUUAUAUUAAUUUUCUCUCAAAUGUCUCCUCAUUAAUGAAUUUCCUGUUUCUAUUUAAACUUGUUAUUUUAGAAAUUGGAACACUUAUGUUUUUUCCCCUUUGUCUUGCUACGGCCUGUGUUUUAUGAAAUAGCAAGAACCUGCUUGUGUUUGUUGAGAUUUUGUCUGUGUCACUGCUUAUGUUAUGAUCAUAUUGAAUAAUAUCCAAGACCAAUUGAUAUGUUCUAUUACUAUUUGAACCCAACCAAUGAUCUCAGAAACUACUCUUCAACCUAUAUAAGAACAAGUUCUCAUUAAAAAAACCAUGGGGAAUAUGUCUAUGGCGAAGAAGAAAAAGAAAAAGAAAAAAAAAAUAACCCUACUACCUCGGUUCAGGUCUCAACCGAGGCAGUAGAGGGGACAUACUGCCUAGGUUCAAUCGAGGCAUAAAGUCCCAGCGAAAAAAAAAACGAUAAAAAAAAAUACAUAUUGCAUCUGUUGGCUUCGAACCGAGGCAAAAUCAUCCAGCUUUUUGCCUCGGUUCUGAACCGAAGCAUAAAGGUCUAGACUUUUUACCUCGCCUAAAUAUGCCUCGGUUCAAGAACCAGUGCCAAAAGGUAAAAAGAACUGUUGUCGUU